AUCAUUAUGAUGAGCAGUAUAUAACAAAAUAUCAAAACCAAGUGACCUUGUCCUUCGCAAUUUAAACAGAUAGUUUUUUCGGCUUUAUCAUAUCAAUUGCCAAUUAGUUCCGUAUCAUUCACUUAGUUGAUAGCGAAGUGCAGUUUAGAUUUGUAUUUUUAAUCUAUUUUAGAACUAAAAAAACGCUUAAAGAGUUACGUAUUAAAGAAAAUUACUAAAAUGCUAUUACUUCCGACUCAAAGUGAUCUUACUCGAUUUUAUGAAGAUUUAGGUACAUCUGAAAAACAAAUUUCCGAAGAUAUAAAAUCCAUCGCUGGUUGGAUUAAAAUGCAACCGCAUCUUUCAAGUGAAGAAAUCAAUCAACGAAAGAUUCAACUAUUUAUUAUGUUCUGUAAAAACGAUUUGGAAAGAACAAAGGAGUCACUGAAUCAAUAUUAUUCUGUUAAAACCAAUGUGCCCAAAUUCUUCACAAAUUGGGAUCCCACAUCUCCAGAACAAAUUCAGUCUGCAGAUUACGGAUUUCUUGUUCCUCUUCCAAAAUUGACAAAAGAAGGCUACAGAGUUAGUUUGGGUUAUAAUACAAGCGAAGAUUAUAAAAAGUUUAGUUUUAUUAACUUUGGAAAAAUAUUUUUUAUGAACCUCGAAUUAAGAGUUUCUAAAUUAGACUUAUAUACUAAAGAUAUAAUGAUAUGGGACAUGAAAAUAUAUUCAUUGGCUUUUCUCUCUGAAACUCUACGACAUAUAAAAGACUACAUGUAUUGUAUAAAUAAAGCUUAUCCUUUGAGAUUUCAUCAAAUUCAUAUGGUUAAUGUACCAAUUUAUGCAGCUCCAAUUCUAAAUUUAACACGAAGAUUGGUCAAAAAGAAAAUUGCUGAUCGAAUUAUUAUUCAUAAAGGAAUUGAAGAUUUAACUAAGUUUAUCGAUCCCAGUGUGCUCCCCAUUAACUAUGGCGGUACAUUUGAAAAAAAUUCAGAUGAUGUGAUGGAUGACUGGAAAAAAAUUUUAAUAAAACACAGAGAAUUCUUAAUUGACCAUAGUUCGACCGAAGUUAAAGAUAAUGGACCUAUGAAAAAAUCCACCAUAAAAAAAAAAAAUUUAAAGAGUGAUAAAUUGGAAAUUGAUUAGUCUUGAUAUUUUAUGAAUUAUUGUUUUAAAUUAUUUUUGUUAUUCUUAUUAUAUUAAAAUAAAUAAAUUUUAUUGAUUAUAUAAAAAAAACUAAGUUUUUAAUGAAAAAAAAAAAAAAAAAUUGUGCAAGUUUUUUUAUGCAACCAUUAUAUUUAAGGUUUGUUUUUUUUAUACACUUAAAAUAUAAUUUUAUUUUACCAAAAAAAAUUAAUUUUACUUAUUAUUUAUUUUGCCGACCUGUAAUUUUCAACUUUUUUUUAACAAUUGGAUAAUUUUUUGAAGAUAAAUACUAAGAAUUUUUUUAUAUGAAUGUGUUAAAACUUUCAUGGAUUGUUUUGUUGCUUGAAGUGCUUGAGGAUAUAUCCAUGUUUACAGUUGAGUUCUGACGUUUCGGACUCAUUGCAGAGUCCAUCUUCAGAGUGAUGGUUGCUAGUCGGUGGCUGCAACUAUACUGAACUCAACUGUAAACAUGGAUAUAUCCUCAAGCACUUCAAGCAAAUUUUUUUAUAAUCGUUAAGUUUUUUUUACGUUAUAAUGGUAUAGGACAUUAAAAGUAAGUUUCUUUGAUUCAGUCGUAUGUUAUAUUACAUCAAUCUAGAAUAAUUCUUGUUAAAGAUAAUUACUACUUAUAUUGAAAAAUAUAUUACGACAACUUUAUUUAAUA